AUGGAGCCGGUCGGAUUAGCUGUCGGUAUUGCCGGGCUCGCGGGCAUUCUCAGCACUUGCCUAGAUGUCAUAGAGCGAGUCGAUAUCUAUAAAGACUUCGACCAUGAUUCGCGUUCACUCGCUGUCCAGUUCGACGCGGAGAAGCUUCGCCUCAAGAAAUGGGCUCACGAUGUUGGGUUCCGGGAAGGGAAGCUCUCGAACGACCAUCAUCCCGCCCUGAAUGAACCUCAGGUCCGUCUUAUGACUACGGAACUUCUCAGUGUCAUCAAGGGAAUUUGUGGUGGCACAACGACUACUAUUCAGCAGCGCAUAUUGAAGCCAGAAACCAGGCUUGAAGUAGACAUCGCAACGUUGACUCACGGCACUGAAUCUCUACAAUCUCUGCAAAAGCCUUCGAAAUCGAGGAGGCAAAAACUUGCUUGGUCCCUAAGGGGCAAAGCUAAACGCGCUUCUCAAGUCGAAAACUUCGGAGUUCUCGUGCAGCAUUUGCAUAACAUGGUUCCUCCUGAUAGCUUAACAGUGAAUAGAGGACCUGGGAGUAGGUCUGAUGUGGCUUCUGCGCCUGGAAAUGACAACCAGACGUGGCUUCACGACCUCCGGCAGACUUUAUCUCGAUUAGACAAGGAAAUGGAAGCUGAGACACGGCGGGAUCUACGGGCCUGGCUUGCAUGCCCACCACCGAAUGAUCUCUUUCACGAAUACAAGCAAAAAAGGCUAGAAGAGACAUGCGAUUGGGUUUUGAAACGCCGCGAAUUUGUUGAGUGGCUCGCUCCAGACGCGAAAUCUGGCAACGCCGAAAGGCUUCUAUGGAUCAAUGGGCCCGCGGGGCUUGGCAAGACUGUCCUUUGCGCCAACAUCGUUGAGCAUUUGUUGUCAACAUCCAAGACACCCGUGGCCUACUUCUUCUUGUCGUCUGACUUCGAAAGCCGCGACGACCCUUAUGCGGCAGUACGGUCAUGGGUACAUCAGCUGACCUCUUGUAACCAAGUUGCGUACCAGUUGGUGCGAGACAAAUGGCUAGCCCAGCACGAAGAGUUCGCCACGCAGAUCAAAAUAGUCAAACUCUUUCGGAAACUUGUGCGAGCCGUACCUGGGGCGUUUUUCAUCUUGGACGGCUUGGAUGAGUGUACUUGGAUGGGUAAGGGGCAAGGUGACGACAAAUCUUUACGAGCCUUUCUCGGAAAUGUCAGUCAAGCAGUCGCUGACACCUAUUCCCACAUCUUGGUUGUUAGUCGGGACGAAUCCGAGAUUCGAAGCGGCAUGUUUGGCAGAAAACAAUACGGGGAACUCAAAAUUAUCCCUGACGACGUUCGAUUCGACAUUGCUCGAUACUCAAGGAGUAUUGUCGACAAGAAGAUACCAAGAAAGGAUGACGCCAUAAGAGAAAGUGUUUCUCAAAUGCUUGCAGAUCGUUCCAAUGGUCAAUUUCUAUGGGUCAAAUUACACGAGGACUCCUUGCGCAGCUGGAAGAAUAAGAAACAGCUUGAGGAUGCGAUCAAUGAAAUCCCACCUGGACUCGAUCGCGUCUAUGAACGAAACUGGACGCGGAUAUCUAAAUUACCAGAAUCGAUUCGCAACCGUGCCUAUUCGCUCUUACAGUGGGCAGCUUUCUCAAUACGGCCGAUGACUGUGAAUGAAAUUUCCGAAGCCGUACUGAUUGACGAAGAUGACGAAGAAUUCACUGUCGAUGAGCUACCUGAUGAAAUCGACGACGAUUUUGUCGAUUGCGAGAUUCAGAGUCCUUGUGGCUCCCUGUUGGAGAACCGCGGCACCUGCUUGGACUCUGAGCCGGGGUUGAAAACAGUACAUCUGACUCACUUCUCGGUCAAACAAUAUUUCUUAUGUCACAAAUCAGCCCCGGGACUGAUAAUGUCGAACCACAGUCAAUUAUCGAACAAAAUUCUCCAGAACAGUAGAUUAGCAAAGCUCUGUCUCCGUUACAUUAACAGCCGCCACUUCUGGGACUACGGAGAGAAAACAAAAUCGACCGCAACAAGCAUACAGGGCGAAAGCACGAUGCCAAGUGUGAAGAGAUCAUUUCGACACUAUGCGGCAGACUCUUGGUAUCAACAUGCCACUGCUGGAGAUAUAAAUGACGCUACUUUAUUCAUGUUGACCAACGCCCUGUUUGAUGUUCAUCAUCCCAGCUGGGAGGUAUGGCGCCAAUGGAUAGAGACCCACAGUCCAAUUCUUCAUCUUGGAACCGAUUUUUGGAACCAACCGCGUUAUUCUGGUCCCUUACAUUACGCUACACAGCUUGGGUUUAACGAAAUUGUGUUUUAUCUCAUUCACAGUCGAGAUCAUGAUGUGAACGAACAAGCCGCGUUUGGCCGAACAGCUUUGGAGAUUGCAAGCACUGCUGGAGAUGCCAGACGGUCCAAGAUACUUCUGGAUGCGGGUGCAAAUUCUGCAUGUAAUCAUGCGGGAUCUACACCUUCAAUAGAGGCCUCUUAUAAGGGCGCCGCUCAUGUUGUCCAACUCCUCCUUGAGAAAGGGGCUGACUUGAAGACUGCCAACAACUACAACUGGACAGCGAUAAAUGUAGCCUCUUAUUACGGACACCUCAAUGUGGUCGCCUUACUUCUUCGGAGCGGAGCUGAUGUUGAUGUUGCAAACAACGGCGGUUUAGUGCCUCUCAGUACAGCCUCCCACUGUGGACACCGUGAGGUUGUUGAGCUGCUCCUAAAGAAUGGGGCAAAUGUAUCUCAAGAAAAUAAUGAUGGAUGGUCAUCGACUCACUUGGCUUCCGAUCAAGGCCAUUAUGAGAUCGUCAAGACACUACUGGACGCAGGAGCUGAUCUUUUGGCUGUAACCAAUCGAGGCUGGACGCCGCUACAUGUUGCCUCGAAUCGGGGCUUUGUCGAGAUAGUCCGGCUAUUUCUUGACAGAGGGGCCGACUCGACCGCUCUUACCGAUGAUAAGUGGACACCAAUCUAUAUGGCAUCAAUGAAUAGGCAUGACGAGGUUGUCAAGCUGCUCCUUGGUAGAGAUAGGGGCGGUUCCGAUGGGAACGGGCCCAUAUUGGCACCACUUAGGGAAGGGCAUUUUGCCAAGAACCAGAAGAUCGUCGAAGCGCUCCUCAGUGGACACCAGGACGAUGUGUACAACCUUUUGAUGCCAUAGGAUGGACACCUCUACAUGAUGCAUCAUAUAACGGACGCAUUGAAUUGGUCCAAUGGCUCCUCGAUGAGGGAGCUGAUGGAAGGCUGGCCGACGAUAGCGGGUGGACACCACUGCACGCUGCAGCUGUGAGCGGGCAUACAG